AUGUCGGAUAAGUUAAAAUUAAAAUAUUCUAAGAAACCUGUAAAGGGGGAUAUCUACAAUCUUAGACAUCUUAAAGUUCUUAUAGAUGAGAUUUUAGUAGAUUUCUUGGUAAAAGACCUUAAUUACAAGUUAAAUAAUACUUACACAGAUUUUCAAAUAUCUGUAGGAUUACUUAGCACUGUUCUAGCAGCAUUAUUAACCUAUUUCUCAAUGAAUUUUGAAUUUAAAGAUUAUAAAGUAUUUAUGAUCUGGUGUCUGUGUAUUUAUUCUGUCCUCAAUGGGAUAGUAUACAUUUUUGAUACAUUAAGAGGUACUACUUAUUAUUUUACUAAAGUAAUAAAAAAUAAUGUACAAGAAGAUAAGAAUGAUAAAGAGACAGAAAAAGUAGUAUCAAUACGAGUUUGUACAGAGAUACUACCACCUAAUCCUAUUUAUACUUUAUUAGUGUAUAAAGACAAUAAACUUAUACCUGAGAAAUGGUCUAAAAGUGUAUUUGAACUAUUUAAGGAAGAUGGUACGUUAAAUGCAUCCCAGUUUUUAGAUGAUGUUACAUUAUUUUUUAAUAAAUAA